AAAGUGAGUGACAGGCGGCAUAAGAAACUGAGAAUCUGGGCAUUGCUUCACUGUAAUAACAAAGGCAUUGUGCCGUGUGUUCCACUUCAGCUAACUGCUAAGUCCAUAAAACAAAAAAGGAAAAUUGAAACAUAGAGAAGAAAAAAAUGAAAGCAAAUACGAGUGGUAGGUGAAUAACGACACCUAUAAUACAACUCUCUCUCUCUCUAAAAUUUGUUUUGUGAUGAAUAUGGAUUCGAUUCUCUGUGAUGAACUUCUUCAAGAAAUAUUCCGCCGCCUUCCUCCGCCGUCCGCCGCCGCUGUUUCAUUAGUCUGUAAGCGGUGGCUUCAUCUUCUUCGCUCUUCAACUACUUCUCUUUCUGUCUGUUUAAUUGAACCCCCUUUUAUCCCUCUUUUCUCCUCUUUUCUCAGUUUUCAUCCUUUUUUGUCUACUGUUUCUGUUACCAUUACACCUACAGUAGAUUCGUCCGAUCAAUUGCUUAAUUCCGUUGCUUCUUCUUGCCCUAAUCUCCGCCAUCUCCGAUUCUUGAAUGGUCCUGUUUCUACUUUAUCUCUGUUUUCUCUUUCUGUUUCUUGCCCUAAUCUUGUUUCUCUUGCUGUAACUCUUUUUAGACCCCUUUCUUUUCUCUGGGUACCCCCUUUUGGGUGUCUUAAAGAACUCUCAAUUUACCCAGCUGGAAAUUCAGGGGAAUUUGAUUAUGGUGACUUUUAUGGUUCUUGUGAGUUGAAUUUGGAGAGUCUUUUGUUGACUGGAAUUAAAUCAGGGGAUAAGGGGGUUGGUUUUUUAUGGAGGAAUUGCAAAAAGGUGACAACUUUGAAGCUGAUAAGCUGUGAAGAGGUUGGUGAUCAAGGUUCUUUUUUAGGAUUUCUUCAGUGUUUAGAGGGUCUUCAAGAAUUGGAAUUGAGAACUUGUAGGACAAUUGCUGAUGGGGUUUUGUUGAAAUUGGCUGAGAAUUGUGACAUGUUGAACUCUUUGUUGGUCUAUGAUGGUGGUAGUAAAGAGGGGUUGUUUCAUUUCUUGACCCAAAGCAAAUGUGGUAAUUUGCAGAAUCUUGAUUUAAGGUUGCCUCUUGAUCUUGACAACAAUCAUUUGACAGCUGCUGCUGAAAAUUUAGGGAGUUUGAGGAGUUUGAGGUUACAAAGUUGUUGUCUUGUUACUGGUGAGGGGCUAAAGAUUCUUGGAAAUGCUAUGGCUGAUGGGCUUGAAGAAUUGGCUUUGAUAAAUUGUGAUGUAGUGGAAAGAGAAUCAGGUUUGUUGACUACAUUAGGACAAGAUUUGAAAAGAUUAAGGAAAUUAGACUUGUCUUUUAAUGACAUGUUACUUGAUAAAGAACUGAUAUCAAUGCUAGUAUCUUGCAACAGUCUGAAUGAAUUGAAGGUAAGGGGUUGCAAAAAGUUGACAAAUUUAUCUAUGGUUUCAUUGACUAAGUGUUGCAAGAAAUUACAAAGUGUUGAUGUAAUGUAUUGUUGUGGGAUUGAGGCACAUGGUGUUGAGUUAUUUGUGUUGAAUUCACCAAAGUUGAGACUGUUACAGGUUGAGGAAAAUAAGGUUUCUGAUGUGGCUAGGACAUGGGCAUCAAAUAAAUUCAUUGAAGUUGUUCCUUGAAAAUUGAUUUAGCUGAUGAUAAGGUGUUUAUUGUUCAUAACAAAUGCUGAAAAGGUAACAUUUGAUGCUUGUUAUUUUGCUGCCAUUGUACAGAACAUCACAACUAAGAUGCUUGUUAUUUUGCUGUUUAUGGACUCACAAGUAUUAAGAUGCUUAACUUCAGCUAAGAUGGAGUAAUAGUGCAGUUGAAUUUAAGUACGUAGUUUGCAAUUUACUUUGUUCUCACUUGUGUGUUCCAUUAAGUAUCAAAGGGAGAUGCAAUUAUUUAUCACAAACAUCUCUUAUAUUAAUGUAAUCCUAAUUAAAUUUCUGGAAAUAAAAAUUCGAAUAACUUGA